AUGCAUACCGCCCUCAACCGCCUCCAGAAUACCUUCGGGUUCUUUACCACAUGCGCCGCUAUAGCCGCAGGCCUCAUUGCCCUACUGAGUGUACUACCAUGGCCUCCGGUCGUCGAAUUCCCCAGUGCAACCGUCGCAGUCUCAAAAGUCGAGGUCGUGAAGGGUCGUCCACACUACUCGUCCAACAAGCGCGAAGAGUAUGCGCAGGUACGCUUCGACCUUGAUGUCGACCUGACCAGCCUCUUUACCUGGAACACCAAGCAGCUCUUCGUCUACGUCACUGCCAACUACCCUGGUGGCGCUGGGGGGGUUUCCGAGGCCGUCAUCUGGGAUACCAUCAUUUCUGCUCCCGAGAGCCCAUACUCUUUUCAGAACGUGAAGACACAAUACUGGGAUCCGCUUGCUGGCAAGAAGACGUCCAAGUAUUCAAAAUCCAAGAAGAAUAUGAAGACCCCCAAGACCAAAGAGCUGGUCAAACCGGGUUUGAUCUCGCUCAAGAACCAGAAGCCAAAAUACCAUUUAACCGACCCUUCUGGUGUUAUCAGCGAACGAUCCAAUGUUACGCUCCAGGUGAGCUGGAAUGUCCAGCCAUGGGUUGGUGCUCUUAUCUGGGAUAAGGGCUUUUUCGGCAGUAGGGUCGGUGCGUGGGAACCGGGCAAGGAGGGCACCAGCGCUCCCUUCAGUUUUCCACCUCUCAAGGGUUCGAAACCAGAUAUUGUCAAGAACAAAGAGCCUCAGACACCCGAGGCUGGCAAGGCGACGCCUGUGGUCAAGAUAUGA